AUGAAGUUCGGAGAGCAUUUAAGAAAGUCUUUGAUCAAGGAUUACAGUUACUACUAUAUUGACUACGAUGACUUGAAGCACGAAUUGAAAAAAUCCUUGAAGCUGAACGACUUUCAGUGGAAAAACCAGUUGGAAGAGGAGUUUUUGAACAUGCUUGAAAUCGAACUUGACAAAGUCUAUUCGUUCACGAAGGUGAAGAACACCGAAUUGAAGAGAAGAAUUAAGGAUGCUGAGAAACGGGUCAACACUGUUAUCAAAAACUUGAACACCACCGAAGACGAUGAGUUCCAGUCGUUGGAAAACGAGUUGAGUGAUGUGAUUGCCGACGUCCACGACCUUGCUAGGUUUACUAGGUUGAACUAUACCGGGUUCCAAAAAAUCGUCAAAAAGCACGAUAAAUUGACCAAGUUCAACUUGAGACCAAUUUUUCUGGUCAGAUUGGACGCAAAGCCCUUUUUCAAAGACAACUACGACCCGUUGAUAGUCAAGUUGUCCAAGUUGUACGACUUGGUUAGAACCAAGGGGAAUCCAAUUAAAGGUGACUCUUCUGCUGGUGGUUCUCAACAGAAUUUUGUGAGACAAACCACCAAGUACUGGGUUCACCCCGAUAACAUCACCGAGUUGAAGUUGAUUAUCUUGAAGCACUUGCCGGUGUUAGUGUUCAAUGCUGAAAAAGAGUUUGAACCUGAGGAUGGUGCCAUUACUUCCAUAUACUUUGACAACAAGGACAUGGAUCUCUACUACGGUAGGUUGAUGAAAGACGAGGGUGCCGAGGCCAUCAGAUUGAGAUGGUAUGGUGGCAUGAAGUCUGAACAGAUAUUCGUCGAGAGAAAGACUCACAGAGAAGACUGGACGGGAGAGAAGUCUGUUAAGGCAAGAUUUGUCUUGAAGGAAAAGAAGGUGAAUGCUUUCUUGAAGGGUGGGUUGACUGCGAAGCAAGUGUUUGAUAAAAUGAGGAAGGAAGGGAAGAAGUCUGAACAACAAAUUGAAAACUUGGAGAAAUUGGCUACUGAAGUUCAAUAUAGAGUUAUCAAGGACAAGUUUAGACCCGUAAUGAGAUCAUUCUAUAACAGAACUGCCUUCCAGUUACCUGGUGAUGCCAGAGUAAGAAUAUCCUUGGAUACAGAAUUGUCGAUGGUGAGGGAAGACAACUUUGAUGGCCAUGAUAGAACCGAUGGAAACUGGAGAAGAAUGGACAUCGGUGUUGAUUAUCCCUUCAGUCAAUUACCAGAGAAGGAUAUCUGUAGAUUUCCUUAUGCUGUUUUGGAAGUUAAAUUGCAAACUCAAUUGGGUCAAGAACCUCCAUUGUGGAUUAGAGAAUUAAUUGGUAGUCAUCUAGUGGAGGCUGUGCCCAAGUUUUCCAAGUUCAUUCAUGGUGGUGCUUCCUUAUUACCAGAUUAUGUCACUUAUCUCCCAUUUUGGUUGCCUCAGAUGGAUGUGGAUAUCCGAAAGCCAAAGAUUCUAGAAGAAUUUGGUAUCAACAGAAAUCAAUACAGGCUCAAGACCUCUUCUUCAGGUAAUGAAUUGGACGAAGAAGAAGGAGCGGGACGCGAAGUGACGUUCUCCAAUGACGUUAAUCCUUUGGAAGAUGACUUGGAUGAAACAACUCCAUUAUUGUUUCCCUCUUCUUACAUGAGCAGUAGCACCGGAACUCCAUUUCAACAAUGGUUUGUCAAGGUUUAUGGAAAAUUCUUACACUACUUUAACGAUGAUAGAACUUUCAACGUCAAACCUGGUACUAACUUUGAUUUGAACACCACUUUCAAGGAUAAAAUUCCAAAGGGUAAGGAAAUUGCUAUUCCGAUCAGAAUUGAGCCAAAGGUUUACUUUGCAGCCGAGAGAACUUUCUUAUCUUGGUUAUCUAUAGGUAUGAUCUUGAGCAUUACUGCCACCACAUUGUUGAACUAUGGUACUAAAACCUCCUUGACUGCAUCAAUUGGUUUCUUUGUUACUGCAUUGUUCACCUUUGUAUAUUCAACGUUCAUGUACAUCUGGAGAACUUUGAUGAUUAGAGAAAAGAGACCUGCCAAGUAUGGUGACACUUUUGGACCAAACAUGAUUUGCUUCUUCAUUGCUUUGUCCACUUUCCUUACCUUUGUCUUCAAAUUUACUGAAAGUUGA